GAGAAGCCAAUGGGCAUGCUGCCUCCAGGAGGCGGGACUUCCGGCAACGAAGUCUUGGUGAGCGGCUGCGCGAGAGCGGCCACUUCCUUUUUUGUGUGGCGGCGAGAGCGGAGAGUGCGCCAUGAAGGCUUCGGGAACAGUAAGGCGAGCGCGGCGGGGCACGGGGCCGGGGAGUGCAGUGCAGAUCGAAUCGGGGGCCCCGGCAGGUGGCAUGGGCCGCGUAGCAGGAGCGCGCUCUUGGCUGGGUCCCGCGCCGCCGCGCGCCAUCGCCCCCAGCUGCGAGAGUACAAGGUAGUGGGGCGCUGCCUGCCCACCCCCAAAUGUCGCACUCCGCCCCUGUAUCGCAUGCGAAUCUUUGCACCUAAUCACGUCGUCGCCAAGUCCCGCUUCUGGUACUUUGUGUCUCAGCUGAAAAAGAUGAAGAAGUCUUCGGGGGAAAUUGUUUACUGUGGGCAGGUGUUCGAGAAAUCCCCCUUGCGGGUGAAGAACUUCGGCAUCUGGCUGCGCUAUGACUCACGCAGCGGCACCCACAACAUGUACCGGGAGUACCGGGACCUGACCACGGCGGGCGCCGUCACCCAGUGCUACAGAGACAUGGGCGCCCGACACCGUGCCCGGGCCCACUCGAUCCAGAUCAUGAAGGUGGAGGAGAUUGCAGCCAGCAAGUGCCGCCGACCAGCCGUCAAGCAGUUCCACGACUCCAAGAUCAAGUUCCCGCUGCCCCACCGGGUCCUGCGUCGCCAGCACAAGCCACGCUUCACCACCAAGAGGCCCAACACCUUCUUUUAGAUGCAGAGCCUCCCUGUCUCCAGGUCUGCUCAAAUAAACUCUUUGGGAAAACCAA